AUGAAGACGACGAUGCAUCAGUUGAUGGCGGCGACGAUGGUGAUGGUGAUGGUAAUGAUGGGGGCGACGGCACAGAGCGCGAGCUGCGGUCAGGGCCUCUUCAGCGACGCGAGCGGGUGCUGCCCGAUGGCGAUGGCCGGCGGGGCCUUCUACCGCGACGCCCGCGGGUGCUACCCGACCCUCACCUCCGUCGGCGUCCUCUACGCCGACUCCAACGGCUGCUACCCCAACGCCAACGGUACGUAUGAGGUGCAGGGCGCGAACUGCACGACUCCGUGCCAGGUGCAGUGCCUCAACGCUACCACGCCGGCCAACGCCACGGCCUCGCCCUCGCCCUCUGCGAACGCCACGGCCUCGCCGGCCGCCAAUGCCACCGCUUCGCCUUCGCCGGCGGCUAACGCCACGGCUUCACCCGCGGCCAACGCCACGGCCUCGCCGGCGGCUAAUGCCACCUCUUCGCCUUCGCCGGCGGCCAACGCCACUGCCUCGCCCGCGGCCAACGCCACGGCCUCGCCCUCGCCCUCUGCGACGCCAUUGGUCGGCGGCGCGGCCAAUGUGACCGCGAACCUGACGACUUGCGAGAGCCUCGAUCGGAGCCCGCUGCCGUGCGACACCCCCAUGCAGCCGUUCGAGAUGAUGCUGCUGGCCCUCCGCCCGCUGCAGCUCAACUGCAACUGCAACGGCACCACCGCCCUCCCCAACCAGCAGCCCCCCUCCGCCCCCUCCGUCAACGCCACGUCAGCCAACGCGACGGCGGCGGCGAAUGAAACGAUGGCGGCCAACGCGACGGCGGCGGCGAACGAAACGAUGGCGGCCAAUGCGACGGCGGCGGCAAAUGAAACGAUGGCGGCCAAUGCAACGGCGGCGGCCAACGAGACGAUGGCGGCGAAUGCGACCACGUUCCAGGCGUCGGCCCAGGCGCAGGGGCAGGCCCUGACGAUCGAGAAGAUCUGCAGUGCCACCUGCUCGGCCAACCUCUGCAACGACACCUGCCUCCGCAUUCUCAACUUUGCGCUGACGCUGGAGCUGUUGGACUCGACGUUCUUCGCGGAGGGGCUCAACAACUUCACCGCUGCGGACUUUGAGGCGGCGGGCUUCCCCAACACCACCUUCGACUUCAUCACCCGCAUCCGCGACAACGAGCUCGGCCACGCCGCCGCCCUCCAGUCCGCCAUCGGCUCGUUGGGCGGUACUCCCGUGCAGCAGUGCAACUACAGCUUCCCCGUCAGCAACGUGACCCAGUUCGUCGAGAUCGCCCAGCGAUUGGAGAACGUGGGCGUGAGCGCCUACGACGGGACGCUGGCCUUCCUGACGAGCCCGCAGCUGCAGACGACGGGCGCCACCAUCGCCUCCGUCGAGGCCCGCCACGCGGCCUACCUCAACCUGCUCCGCGGCAUGAUCCCCUUCCCCGACGCCCUCGACACGCCCCUCCCCAUCGCCACCGUUCUUGGGAUUACGGACGCGUUUGUGGUGUCGUGCCCGGACGAGGCCAGCCAGCAGAUGCUCGAAAUCCUCCGCAGCCGCGGUACUGCCACGCCUGCGAACGCAACCCAGUCGUAG